GCAAGAGACUGCACGGUCCGACAGAGAGGCUUAAGCGUUUGUGAAUCAUUGUCCUGUCAAGAAAUAAGACAGUUUUUAUUUACAGAGGAGGUUGAAGACAGGAGCACAUCAUAAUUUAGGCACAAGAGAACAAUGGCUGACCAGCUGACCGAAGAACAGAUUGCUGAAUUCAAGGAGGCGUUCUCGCUCUUUGACAAAGAUGGGGACGGUACGAUCACCACCAAAGAGCUGGGGACAGUGAUGCGUUCACUGGGUCAGAACCCCACGGAGGCGGAGCUCCAGGACAUGAUCAACGAGGUGGACGCUGACGGAAACGGAACAAUAGACUUCCCAGAGUUCCUCACAAUGAUGGCGAGGAAGAUGAAGGACACAGAUAGUGAGGAAGAGAUCCGGGAAGCCUUCAGAGUGUUUGAUAAGGAUGGGAAUGGCUACAUCAGUGCGGCAGAACUGCGUCACGUCAUGACUAACCUGGGUGAGAAGCUGACUGACGAGGAGGUGGAUGAGAUGAUUCGAGAGGCAGACAUUGACGGUGACGGACAGGUCAAUUAUGAAGAGUUUGUGCAAAUGAUGACUGCGAAGUGA